GGAUUUUUAACAAUAUAUAUUGAAAUAUCAAAUCCUAUAGUAUAUGUCGACCAUAUGGCCUUGUCAAAACAACUUAUAUCGACUAUAUUUGUUGCGACGGCAAUCACAGUUAUCUUUAUCGUGGUUUCCAAUAGCAACUUGCGAGAUCAGUCCUUCAUAUGGAUAAAAACUCUUCCAAGUCAACUUCAAAGGUAUGAACGCUAUAUCAACAGAAUUGGAUUCGGAAUGGAGAAUGAUAGCGGGAAUUGCUACAAAAUAAAUAAAUUGGACAGUUACCGAAUCUGUGACAAAUUACCGUUUAGUAGCACAACUUGCGGUUCGAACGUAAAUACAGAUAAGAACGAAGAACAUAUGGUUCCGAAUAUCGUACAUUUUGUCUGGAUAGGGAAUCUGACUCUACAUUUUUAUGCUUAUCUUACGAUACGAUCAGCUGCUGCAAAUCAGAAACCUGACGUUAUAUUGUUUCAUUACACCCAUGUCGAACCACAGGGUGAUUUAUGGAUCAGGGCAAAACAAGAGAUACCUUGCUUAAUUCCUGUCAAAUUUGAGGAACCAACAUCAUGGCAGGGAAAUGAAUUGGAUACCGUGGUGCAUAAAACCGACAUAGCACGAUUUGAUAUCCUGCUGCAGCACGGUGGUAUAUAUCUAGAUACAGAUGCUUUUAUUCUUCGUUCAAUGGAUCCCUUGAGAAAAUUUCCCUUCACCAUGGGAAGAUCAGUACAAGAUGCUUUUAGUUCUGCGGACGCAUAUGCAGGCACUCCUUUUUUUGAUCACGUGACAUCGAACGUUGGCGUGACGGCGGAUUCUGAAAGUCGUUACUCAAAAAUCGCAAGUUUUUCGAGGUUACCGGUGAAUGGCGGUGAUGCUAAAGGCAGUGGGGUUAUAUUGUCUGAGCCAAAUUCAACGUUUCUACAAACAUGGUCAAAUUUAUUCAAGAACUACACAAAGAACGACUUUUUUACCAAAAUUUCCCUCCGUAUUCACCUUUUGAAGCCCGAACUACCAAUACACGUUGAGGAAAUAUCAAUGCAACGACCGAAUCCUUGGUGUGAUGGUAUUGAAUCCAUAAUUACAGAAUCGUUCAACAUAUCAGAGAACUACAUUCUUCAUCUACACCCGUCAAAAUAUGGGAAACAACUGUAUACAACACUACGUGAAGACGACAUUCGUUUGCAUGACACAACCUACGGCGCCGGUGCUAGGGCUGCGCUAUUCGGCACACAAGACUUGAUCUUUUUUAAAUCUGAAGUGGCAUUGGCUCACAACAGAACUACUCAAAAGCCUUUAAAUCUUUUCAAAUCGAUGCAAAAGCUUCGUAAGCCUGAAAUGUUACCUGGUCUCUGACUGGCAUGAAGUGCAGAAUUGUAAUACGUCGGGUGUUGGAUCGAAUUUGAGCAAAAUAUUCUGCUGGAGAUGACAGAAAAAACCUUUAGAUGUAGUUACUCUUAUCGCAAUAAAAUAGUAAUAAUUAUGAACAAUUUUUACAUGUAAGCGCUAGCUAAUUGAAAGUAUAUAUAUCACUGUCACGUUCAUUCCGCAUUCUGACUAUUUCUUCUAAGUAUAGUCAACGCAAAAAUACAAAGUAAAAAUAGUCAUCAAAAACGUCAUUCAUAAGCACUGCUUUGAAUCAUAAGUGUCAAACUGAAUAUCAAAAUUUUCAUAUGCCUGUGGAAUUCAAUUAUAUAAAUCUUUUCUCUAAAUAUAAUUCUGUGUUUAAUUACCAUUUUUAUCGAAAUAUCAUGUUUGAUAAAAAUGUAUAACAACAAAAUCUUUUUUGUCUGUCACCCGAAAAUUUCACUUGGUAAUAAAAUCUUAAAUCUAGGAUUAGAUUUCAGAAAUUAAUUUAUAUACAUAUAUCCUUUUACGGAAUGAGUCAAAAAAUAUUCAAUGACGAAAAGCACGAGUUGUAUUACAAUAAGUGUAUAAUGCAAUUAAUUCAUAUGAAAUUUUAAUAUUUAAUCAACCUAUACUUCAAACAUUAAUCUUGUGUAUGUGUGUAUGUAAUCUUGCUUCGUUUUGAAAAUAAAAAUUUUCAACUUUU